AUGCAGGAUGUCCUGGGGCACCAUUUUAUUCGAAAUUUUCCCUCUUCAUAUACCGUCGCCCCGGUCACCCAGAGUACCACGGUGAAGGGUCCACCUCUACCAGAAUUGGGUCAAGUGACCGUGAGAGCGUUGUGUGCGGCUGUGUCUACUGCGGCGGUGUACCCUCUUCUCUUGGUAGCGACGAGGCUGAAGCUGCGGAAUGGUGAACCAAAGACUGAGGGUUGCUCGGCUCAUCAUAAAGAUGGUAGCCAGCGGCAAAGCGGGAAUUGCUGUGGUGAAAUUACUACAGUAGUGAAGGAGAUUUAUGGCGAGGGUGGUUUGAAGGCGUUCUAUGCUGGUGUCGAGGAAGCCACUGGUAAAGCAGGUGCCGAAGUAUUCCUUUUUUUCCUUGCCUAUAAAUUCUUUCGAUGGCGAUUGAAGGGUCGAGGAUUGGUAAACUCAUCGGGCCUACUCGCGGUGAGGUUGCUCCUUGGGAUUGUAUCGGAGACGAGUACCAAAUUGCUUACUGCGCCCAUCGAAACCAUUAUCACAAGGAGACAAGCCUGUGUGAAACCAACCAGGAUUCGCGACAUUGUUAUCAAGGUUUUCCGUGAGCAAGGUGCCGGAGGGCUGUGGGCUGGGUAUUCGGCGUCUUUGCUGUUGAUGGCCAAUCCCCUCAUCACUUUAUCGCUGAAUGAGAUACUCCUCCGUUGCCUGACAAGGAGAAAUAAUCAGAUUAUUACCCAUGUACUAUCCGCUACCCUGAGCCGGUUCAUUACCAUAUCCUUGACCUACCCAAUUUUAGUGGAUAAAGUACGCAGGCAAGCUGGUUAUCAAAAAUUUCCAGCCGCACAUUCAAAGGCUAUCGGAAGGGAAGACGACCUCUCGCCAGCAAGUUUACUUCGUAAUGUCGCCGCUCUCGCUAGACUCGAAACAAGUUCAACGGUAUACGCGGGAAUUACGGCUAGUAUCGUUCAAGAACUCGUCAGCCAUGGAAUCGCAGCAGCCACUGGUGCUACAAUCCAUGCCUGGACGAUUAGAACGUACUAUAUAUAUCUCCUCCUCUCAAGUCAAUACCAUUCGCUCCUCGACAAGGCCAAAAAGGAAAUAGAGAUCCUCGCAGAAGCAGCGAAAGAGGAAGCUAGACAUGCUGCGGAACAGGAGGUAGCGAGUGGAAAGGGAACAGCUGCUAUAUCAGGGACAGAUAUGUAUUCGAAUGAAACAGCAGACCUGGUAGGCGAUUAUGUGGAGGACGAAGCGGCGGAGUCGAGAAGUCUUUAUCACUGGUUUUGGGAUAGGGAUAAGAGAUGA